AUGGCCGCAUUGCGAAUUUGUCUAUAUUUGUGUCCGCGCCGUGGCGAGGUGUGUAUAAUCAUAAAGAGACAUAUCGCAACGAGUAUUUGGCCAUUAUCCUUGCAGAUGUUUUGA